AUGUCCAAAGCGCUCCAAGUCACCUCGGUGGGAUGGCUGCUCAUCUCGCUGGGCCACACCGCAUCCGCCAAGGACUGGCAGGAAAACGCAAAGUUCCAAACCCUCCCGCGCCUCGCCUAUGCCUGCGCAAAAGCAGGCUGGUACCAGGGAAGCGGCUUCUUCAUCAUGAACGGCACGUCCACGACUCGCUCCCCCAUGCACUGA